AUGCUCAAUUUUCAAAACACGAUAAAUUUAGAGGAAUAUAUUAAUUAUUUAGAGAAAAGAUAUGUAGCCGAAAUACUAAAUGACCAGGAAAUUAUAAAUCAAGUUACAUACCUAGAACCUGAAGUAGUUGAAUGUGAUGAGAAAGAUGAUAGUACAGAAUUACCUCAAGUUACUCACAAUGAAGCAUUAAAUGCUAUACAUUUACUAGAGUUGUACUUCAUACAACAAGACCUUAGUGAUGCAGCUUAUACAGAACAUGACUCAGCUUUAUUGAAACUGUUUGGGCUAGUAAGGAAAUUCUGGACUGCUUCAUUUAAGCAACUAACAAUGGAAACUUUCUUUGAACCAGUCAUGUAA